AUGACAACCCCCUCCAUAAACCCAGACGACACCCUAGGUGAAAUCCUCUCAGCCCUCACAAAGAUCCAACUCGACAACUCCCAGCUCGCCAACUCAGUCGAGAACAUCAAGGGGCGCGUUGCACUGCUGGCAUCCUCAUCUCACCGCAACAACUUCGCCGCUGCGGAUGAUGAAACAGAUGCGGAUCAUGAUGCAAUAACAGCGAAAGUCGAUGGUGGCCAAGCAAUAUCUAGUAGCGCCUCCGUUGCUAUUGGGAAUGCAGUGGAGGCGGAACAGGGGUCUACUCCAGUUCCAACCAGCACAAGUGUGAGCCCGUUGAUGGGUCUAGAUGCUGGUACCGGUACCAGUACCCCUCGCAAAUCGACAGCAUCGUCCCGUAUCAUCCUGACAACAUACCCCGGGCAAUCUGGCAUAAACCCCAUCGCCAUGGAUUGGGGGAACCCGGAUCCCAUCAAGCGGGGCCCUGUCGUAGUGAGCAGGCAUCCCAGCACUGUCAAGAGAAGAAACGCAAUCGGCGCCCACGGCGGCUGCUAUAGCAUCUACUACGCCCUCGCUGUCGCUAGCAAGGACAUAAACAUCGACCAUCGCCCUGACUUCACCAACACUGAGCCCCCGGUCAACCUUGGACCAUUCCUGCAAUGGUCUGACCGGCACAAGAUCGUCUCCAUGGAUCCAUGGGGGCACCGGGCACCCUGGGACUUUACGCAUAUGAUCAAGGAAGGUGGUGUGGAUAUACGGCCCACCAUCGCGAUUACAAAGGCGCAUAUGAAGCUGCCUGAGCUUCGUCAGAGUGUUGAGAGCGGGCGGUUGAAGGUUGAUGGGAAGAUUUGUCUGAAUGAGAGUGGGGAGUUGGCGGUGACGAAGGUUGCUGUUGAACCCGUUUGGUAUUUGCCCGGUGUUGCGGAGAGGUUUGGAAUUGACGAAGCAACCCUACGCCGCUCCCUCUUCGAAAACACCGGCGGCUCGUAUCCAGAACUAAUAACACGGGGCGACAUCAAGCUUUUCCUCCCCCCCAUAGGCGGCCUAACUGUCUACUGCUUCGGCGACCCAGCUAAGAUGUCUGACCCCAGCGUUCGACUGGCCCUGCGCGUACACGACGAAUGCAACGGCAGCGACGUCUUCGGGUCCGAUAUCUGCACCUGUCGGCCCUAUUUAAUAUUUGGGAUUGAGGAGGCGGUGAAGGAGGCGCAGCGGGGCGGGAGCGGGGUUGUGAUUUAUUUUAGGAAGGAGGGGAGGGCGUUGGGGGAGGUUACAAAGUAUUUGGUUUAUAAUGCGCGGAAGCGGGGAUCUGAUCGCGCCAGCGAAUACUUCAAACGAACCGAGAAUAUCGCAGGCGUUAAGGACAUGCGUUUCCAAGCUCUAAUGCCAGAUAUCCUCCACUGGCUCGGCAUCACCAAAAUCGACCGAAUGCUAAGCAUGUCAAACAUGAAACACGACGCCAUUGUCGAACAAGGCAUCCCAAUCCUCGAGCGAGUGCCUAUCCCUGAUGAACUGAUACCGGAAGAUAGCCGGGUGGAGAUCGAUGCGAAGAUACAUGCCGGUUAUUUUACCACCGGCAAAGUCAUGAGUAUGGAAGAGCUUUCUCAGGUGCAGGGGCGGGCGUGGGAGGAUGUUGAUGGCUCGCUUAGCGGGAAAUUUGUGUGGGAUUUUCCUUAUUCAACAUCAAGUGGACGAAGUCCUAUGAUUGUCCCUAAUCUCCAACAUCUCGACAACCCGACCCCUCGACCCCUGGCUCCAUUCAAGGCCCCGGAUGCGAUAAUCUGA